AUGCAAUUCAAGACCAUUGUCGCCGUUUUCGCCGCUGCCUCUGUCGUUUCAGCUCACUCUAUGAAGAAUGAUUCAAACAGCACUCUAAGCCACAGCAACGGGUCCAACGGAUCCAACAGUUCAGGCGCGGCCACUACAAGUGCUUCCACAGCUGGUGCUGCCCAGGCCGGUUUGGUAAAUGCUGGUGUCUUCGGUGCUGCUGUUGCCGCCGGUGUUGCUAUGCUAUUCUAA